UUAAAAAAUAAAUGGUUUAAACUUUGCAAUCAAAUCAAUCAAAUCAAAUUAGCCGGAGUGUGUUCCAAACGUUUUAAACCAAAAUACAUAGUUAUUAUAAAAUAAUUGUUGGUUUAAAUUUGGUGCCAUCAAUACAAUUAAAAAACAAAAACAGCAAGUUUGCAACUCAUUAAAGCAUCGCGCAAUAAUAAUAUGAACAGGAAAGAAGUUAGUGAUUCCACAAUGGCGCCAAAUAUUGGGUAUAACUCCGGGUACAAGCAAAAAUGUAGAGAACACAAUGAAGUCUUACAGUAUGUUUGUGAAAAUUGCAGAAUGCUCCUUUGUGAUGUUUGUUUCCGGAAAAGCCAUACUGCACACAAUUGUUUUCAAAUUGACAAUUUCCUAAGCCAUAGGAAUGAUCUACUAUUUCGACUCAUAGAAAGUGGCAGAUUGGCGACUAACUGUUAUGAAGAUAUUGGCUAUAAAGAAGUGGAUUCUGCACGUUAUAUUGAUAACAACUGCAAUUUAUUAGCACAAAGCAUAAGGAAUACGUUCCGACCGAUUAUAGCGUCUUUACAGCAACGGGAAAGUAAUCUUUUAGAUGUUGUAAAUAAAAUGCAUAAAAAUCGAAUGGAAAAUAUGUAUGAACAAAUUUCUGCACUAAAGGCUUCAUAUUUGGGCUUAAUGAAGGUAACUAAAAAACUAAAUAAAGUGGCGAAAAAUGGACAUCAGUUAGAAAAUCUGUACAUAGUUACGCAAAUAUUAGAGGCACAGCGGCAAGUCGAUAUCUAUGCGAAAAUAUUGGAAGAAAAACAAUACAACGACGAAUUUUAUAAGUUUUAUGCACCCCAAGUUCCUAACGAAAUUUUGAGGGAUAUAGAAAACCUAGGGUCCAUCGAACUAGAUGAAAAUAAUGCAACAUUAGAAAACGCUAAUGAAAAGGUUAUAAUCCUUUCUUCAUCACAAGAAACUUCCAGCGGUGAAGUGGAAAUUAAAGUAGAAAAUGAUACAUGUAAUAAAACUACAACACAAAAAAGUGAAAACGACCGAAAUAUUGGUAUUGGACAAGCGGUACCUGGUUGUUUGAAUAAAGUCAAAGCUUUCCGUUCGGAUUUACCGUCUUUGGCAUUUGCGCCUAAAGGAAACGGUCAGGGUCAUGUUCAACGACCUUGGGGAGUUUGUGUCAAUCAAUUAGGGGACAUUUUUAUUACCGAUAGAUUUAAUCAUAAUGUACAAAUUUUUAGUGCAAAUGGCGAAUUUAUAUUUAGGUUCGGCCGAAAAGGAAAUAAUGCUGGACAGUUUAAUGCGCCUGCCGGAAUCUGUGUGGACAAAAAUGGUCGAAUUAUUAUUGCGGAUAAAAAUAAUCAUCGCAUACAAGUGUUUUCAUCAGGUGCAAAAUAUUUACUGUCGUUUGGACGUUUGGGCACAAAAUGUGGCAAAUUCAAAUUCCCAUUCGAUGUUGCUGUUAAUACAAAAUUACAAAUUGCAGUAACCGAUUCGGGAAAUCAUCGCAUUCAACAAUUCGAUUACAAUGGACAUUUCAUUCGUGAAAUACCGUUAGGUAUUUGCACAUUCACUGGUUAUGAAAUAACUGCGCGUGGCAUAUGCUAUACGCCCAAGGGUAACAUAAUUGUAACAGAUUAUGUAAAUCAUUGUUUGCAUCUUAUUAGUCCUGCGAAGGAAAAAAUUGUAAGUACUAAAGGCAGUCUCGGAUUUGGAUAUUUACAAUUUUCUCGUCCCUCUGGUGUGUGCUGUGACGAUGAUGGGACAAUAAUAGUUGCAGAUUGCCAUAACCGCCGCAUCUGUGUUUUCAGUUCGACAUUGGACAGUUUAUGGAACAUUGACAUACGUCCAUCUGUCAAUGGCUUAAACAAUACUUACUGUAAUGAAACUGAUCGCACUUGCGAUGUUGCACUGACGAAGGAUGGUCACAUCGUUUUUGUAUCGGAAAUGUUGCCUGUUCAUGAAGCUACCCAAACAACCAAAAGAUUCGUACACGUUUAUUAAAUAUAUUAAUAUGAACUUAUUCACUGACCAGCAUUAAAUGUGUGUGUAAAAUAG